AUGGGCUUUCUCGAGGAUUUCGACGACCGGCAAAUCUCUUUCGAAGCUGAACAGCAAGAAUAUAACCCCUACGACUACCAGACCGAGAACAAUGAUUCUUGGGCAGGUGCCCUCCCGGUGAAGCAGGGUCUAUAUGACCCGGCCUACGAGAAGGAUGCCUGCGGCGUCGGCUUUGCUUGCCACAUCAAGGGCAAGGCGAGCCACAAGAUCGUGAGCGAUGCUCGCAACCUCUUGUGUAACAUGACCCAUCGGGGAGCCGUCGGCUCCGAUGCGAGAGACGGCGACGGUGCCGGCGUCAUGACCUCGAUCCCCCACCGGUUCUUCAUCAAGAACUUUGAAAAGGAAGAGGGCAUCAAGUUGCCCCCCCUCGGCCAGUACGCCGUCGGAAACUUGUUCUUCAAGCCCGACGAGGAGACGGUCGCCGAGUCCCAGAGACAGCUGGAAGAUGUCGCCGAGUCCCUGGGCUUGCGAGUCUUGGGAUGGCGGCGACCUCCCGUAGACUCGACCCUGCUCGGCCCUGCGGCCAAGUCCCGCGAGCCCACCAUCGCUCAGCCCUUUGUCGUCCUCGCCUCGGCCUAUGGCCACGGCAACGCGCCCGAGGUGACGGACCCUGCCAAGUUCGACGACAGGCUCUUCGAACGCCAGCUGUACGUCCUCCGCAAGCGUGCCACCCACACCAUCGGCCUCAAGAACUGGUUCUAUCUUUGCUCCCUGUCGAACAAGAACAUCGUCUACAAGGGCCAGCUCGCCCCGGUCCAGGUGUACUCCUACUACCAUGACCUCGUCAACGCCGACUACGAGGCUCACUUUGCCCUCGUCCACUCUCGCUUCUCCACCAACACAUUCCCUUCGUGGGACCGAGCCCAACCACUCCGCUGGGCCGCCCACAACGGUGAGAUCAACACGUUGCGCGGCAACAAGAACUGGAUGCGCGCUCGCGAGGGCGUCAUGCACUCGGACAUCUUCAAGGACGAGCUCGAGCUGAUGUACCCCGUCGUCGAGGAUGGCGGUUCCGACUCGGCCGCCUUCGACAACGUCCUGGAGCUGCUCACCAUGAACGGCGUCCUCUCGCUACCCGAGGCCGUCAUGCUCAUGGUGCCCGAGGCGUGGCAAGGGAACGAGGAUAUGGACCCCAAAAAGGCCGCCUUCUACGAGUGGGCUGCUUGCCAGAUGGAGCCUUGGGAUGGUCCCGCCCUCUUCACCUUCGCCGACGGCCGCUUCUGCGGUGCCAACCUGGACCGGAAUGGCCUGCGGCCCUGUCGCUUCUACGUCAUGGACGACGAUCGCAUCAUCUGCGCCUCCGAGGUCGGCACCAUCCCCGUCGAGCCCGAGACCGUCGUCCAGAAGGGUCGACUGCAGCCCGGUCGAAUGCUGUUGGUCGACACCCAAGCCGGCCGUAUCAUCGAUGACAAGGAGCUCAAGGAAGCCGUCUCGAGCCGUCACGAUUUCCGUUCUUGGCUCGACCGCGAGCUCAUCGCCCUGCCAAAAGUUCUCGAUACCCUCGAGGCGUCCGCCGACCUCUCGGCGAAGCCUGACGGCACGCUCCUCCAGGAAGAUCCUCUGCUGCUCUCCUUCGGCUAUACCUACGAGCAGAUCAGCUUGCUUCUUGCGCCCAUGGCGGCCGACGAGAAGGAAGCCCUGGGCUCCAUGGGCAACGAUGCGCCUCUGGCGUGUCUGACGCAGUCGCCGCGCCUGCUCUACGAUUACUUCCGCCAGCUCUUCGCCCAGGUCACGAACCCGCCGAUUGACCCCAUCCGAGAGUCCAUCGUCAUGUCCCUCGAGUGUUACGUCGGCCCCCAGGGCAACCUCCUGGAGAUGGAUUCCUCCCAGUGCGGCCGCCUCAUGCUCCCCAGCCCCAUCCUGUCCAUCCCCGAGUUCAACGCCGUCAACAGCAUGUCCUCCAUCCACCCUCAGUGGAAGGUCAAAACCAUCGACUUGACCUUCCCCAAGUCCAGGGGAGUCCAAGGAUACUUGGACCACCUCGAUGAGAUUUGCAAGCAAGCCACCGCCGCCAUUGAGGCGCGAGACCGCAUCAUUGUUCUGUCGGACCGCAAGACGUCCGCCGACCGCGUCCCCGUCUCGGCCGCGCUGGCCUCGGGCAUGGUGCACCACCACCUCGUGAGCAACAAGUGGCGAUCGAUGGCCGCCAUCGUCGUCGAGACGGCCGAAGCCCGGGAGGUCCACCACAUGUGUGUGCUUCUCGGCUAUGGUGCCGAUGCCGUCAACCCCUACCUCGCCAUGGAGUGCGUCCUCAAGCUGAACCGAGAGCGCUUGAUCAAGAAGAAGCUCACCGACGACGCCUUGAUUGCCAACUACAAGCACUCGUGCGACGGCGGCAUCCUCAAAGUCAUGAGCAAGAUGGGCAUCUCGACCCUUGCUUCCUACAAGGGAGCCCAGAUUUUCGAGGCCCUUGGCAUCGACGAGGCGGUUGUUGAGCGCUGCUUCCGGGGCACGGCCUCGCGCAUUCAAGGCCUCACCUUUGACCUGAUCGCCGAGGACGCUUUCCGCUUCCACGAGCGCGGCUUUCCCUCGAGAUACACGGUCGGCAUCAAGGGCCUUCCCGAGUCGGGCGAGUACCACUGGCGGGACGGCGGCGAGCCCCACGUGAACGACCCAACUGCCAUCGCCAACAUCCAGGAUGCCGUCCGCACCAAGAACGACAAGUCGUACGAGGCCUACUCCAAGUCCGAGUACGAACAGAUCAAGAAUUGCACCCUGCGUGGCCUGUUGGACUUUCAGUUUGAGGACUGCACGCCCGUGCCAAUUGAUCAGGUGGAGCCUUGGACGGAGAUUGUGCGACGCUUCUGCACCGGUGCCAUGUCGUACGGAUCCAUCUCCAUGGAGUCUCACUCGACGCUCGCCGUGGCCAUGAACCGGCUGGGCGGCAAAUCCAACACCGGCGAGGGAGGUGAGGAUCCGGAGCGAUCCCAGCGCUUGCCCAACGGCGACACCAUGCGCUCCGCCAUCAAGCAGGUCGCCUCCGGCCGUUUCGGCGUCACCUCGGCCUACCUGGCCGACUCGGAUGAGCUGCAAAUCAAGAUGGCCCAAGGCGCCAAGCCGGGAGAGGGUGGUGAGCUCCCGGGACACAAGGUGUCCAAGUCCAUCGCCCGCACGCGUCACUCCACUCCGGGCGUCGGCCUCAUCUCACCCCCUCCCCAUCAUGACAUUUACUCCAUCGAAGAUCUGAAGCAGCUCAUCUACGAUUUGAAGUGCUCCAGCCCCCGAUCACGCGUCUCGGUGAAGCUUGUCUCCGAAGUCGGCGUCGGCAUCGUCGCCUCCGGUGUCGCCAAGGCCAAGGCCGACCACAUCCUCAUAUCCGGUCACGACGGUGGCACCGGCGCCUCGCGUUGGACUGGUAUCAAGUAUGCCGGCCUUCCUUGGGAGCUUGGUCUUGCGGAGACGCACCAGACGCUGGUUUUGAACGACCUUCGUGGCCGUGUCGUCGUCCAGACGGACGGCCAGCUCAGGACUGGCAGGGAUGUCGCCAUCGCUUGCCUGCUGGGAGCCGAGGAGUGGGGAUUUGCCACGGCUCCUCUCAUCGCCAUGGGCUGCGUCUUCAUGCGGAAAUGCCACCUGAACACCUGCCCCGUCGGCAUUGCGACGCAGGAUCCCGCCCUGCGAGCCAAGUUCCAGGGUACCCCCGAGCACGUCAUCAACUUCUUCUACUAUGUGGCCAACGAGCUCCGUGCCAUCAUGGCCCAGCUCGGCUUCCGCACCAUCAACGAGAUGGUUGGCCAUGUCGAGGUGCUCCGGGUGAGGGACGACCUGAGGACCAAGAAGACGGCCAACAUCGACCUGUCGCUGCUGCUCACGCCCGCCCACAAGCUGCGUCCCGGCGUGGCCACGUUCAACGUGCGGAAGCAGGACCACAAGCUCUAUGUCCGUCUCGACAACAAGCUGAUUUCCGAGGCCGAAUUGACGCUGGACAAGGGCCUCCCGUCAAGAAUCGAGUGCGAUGUGAUCAAUACCGAUCGAGCCAUGGGGACGUCACUCUCGUACCAGAUUUCCAAACGAUACGGCGAGGCCGGCCUCCCGCUGGACACGGUUCACGUCAACAUCAAGGGCUCCGCCGGCCAGUCCUUUGGCGCUUUCUUGGCCCCGGGUGUCACCCUGGAGCUGGAGGGUGAUUGCAACGACUACGUCGGCAAAGGCCUGUCCGGUGGCCGCCUCAUCGUCUACCCCCCUCGCUCCGCCGUGUUCAAGGCCGAGGAGAACAUUCUGGUGGGCAACGUGUGCUUGUACGGCGCCACGACGGGAACUUGCUUCUUCCGUGGCGUGGCCGCCGAGCGAUUCGCCGUCCGAAACUCGGGUGCCACGGCCGUCGUCGAGGGCGUCGGCGACCACGGCUGCGAGUACAUGACGGGCGGUCGCAUCGUCAUUCUUGGGAAUACUGGCCGCAACUUUGCGGCCGGCAUGUCGGGCGGUAUCGCCUACGUCCUCGACAAAAAUCGCGACUUCCACGGCAAGCUCAACACCGAGAUGGUGGAGGCCGGCCCCGUCGAGGACCCGGCGGAGAUUGCCUACCUUCGAGGACUCAUUGAGGACCACCAUCACUACACCGGGUCCGAGCUGGCGGCCCGCAUCCUGGUCGACUUCAACCGUGCGCUGCCUCGUUUCGUCAAGGUCCUCCCCGUCGACUACAAGCGCGUUCUGGAGGAGGAGGCCUCCAAGGCCGCGGCCGCCAAGCGCGCCGAGUACAACCUGCCUGCGGUGUCCGGUGUGAAGCACGGCAAGGACGACAAGGCAAAGGCCCCGAAGCUGCAGGAUAUCGAGGAAGCUGUUGGCGACAAUGCCGCGGAGAAGAAGCGCGCCCUCGUCCUUGACAAGACCAAGGGCUUCAUGAAGUACUCGCGGCGCUCCGAAAAGUACCGCUCGGCGUCGAGUCGAACCAAGGACUGGGCGGAGCUCAGCUCUCGCCUGGACGAGGAUGAGCUCAAGUACCAGUCGGCUCGUUGCAUGGACUGCGGCGUUCCUUUCUGUCAGUCGGAGACGGGCUGCCCAAUCUCCAACAUUAUCCCUAAAUGGAACGAGUUGGUAUUUGCGGGCCAGUGGAAGGACGCGCUCAACCGACUCCUCAUGACGAACAACUUUCCUGAGUUCACCGGCCGUGUCUGUCCCGCCCCGUGCGAGGGUGCCUGUGUGCUGGGGAUCAACGAGGAGCCCGUUGGCAUCAAGUCGAUUGAGUGCGCAAUCAUCGACCGUGGCUUCGAGAUGGGCUGGAUGAUUCCCCGGCCACCCGAGGUCCGCACGGGCAAAAAGGUCGCCAUCAUCGGCUCCGGGCCUGCCGGUCUGGCCUGCGCCGACCAGCUCAACCGAGCCGGCCACAGCGUGACUCUCUACGAGCGUGCCGAUCGUCUUGGCGGCCUGCUGAUGUACGGAAUCCCCAACAUGAAGCUGGACAAGCGGGUCGUCAAGCGUCGUACAGACUUCAUGGCGGCGGAAGGCAUCCGCUUCCACACCGGGGUGGCGAUUGGGGAGGACGGUCAGCCGACGCUGAACGAUCUGAGGAGCAGCAACGACGCCGUCGUCAUCGCCACCGGCGCCACCGUCGCUCGUGACCUGCCCAUCAAGGGCCGCGAGCUGGCUGGCAUCCACUUCGCCAUGGAGUUCCUGCACAAGAACACCAAGUCCUUGCUCGACUCCGAGUUGGCCGACGAGACGUACAUUUCCGCCAAGGGCAAGCACGUCGUCGUCAUUGGCGGUGGCGAUACCGGCAACGACUGCAUCGGCACCUCGGUCCGCCAUGGUGCCAAGUCCGUGACCAACUUUGAGCUUCUGCCUCAGCCUCCGCCGGAGCGUGCCAACGACAACCCCUGGCCUCAGUGGCCUCGCAUUUACCGGGUCGACUACGGGCAUACGGAGGUUCGCCAGCACACGGGCAAGGACCCUCGCGAGUACUGCAUCAUGUCGGAGGAGUUUGCCGACGACGGCAGCGGCAACGUCAAGGGCAUCAACACCAUCCGCGUGGAGUGGACGAAGUCGCCCAGCGGAGGUUGGGACAUGAAGAAGCUGGACGGCUCGCAGCAGUUCUUCCCCGCCGAUCUCGUCCUCCUCGCCAUGGGCUUCCUCGGCCCCGAGGCGCGCGUCCUCGGUGACGAGGUUGAAAAGGACGCUCGCAAGAACGUCAAGACGCCGCCGGGAAAGUACUGCACCAACCUGGACGGCGUCUUUGCCGCGGGCGAUGCUCGUCGCGGACAGUCUCUGAUUGUCUGGGGUAUCAACGAAGGCCGCAUGGCUGCCCGGGAGGUCGAUUUGUACCUCGAGAACGGCACCAACCUGCCCGUGACGGGCGGUAUCGUCAAACGCACCGGGCAAGAGAUUUUGGGCCGCAUCGCCGAGUCUCAGUAG